GGCACCAAAUUAGGACAAGCUGAAGCGGAGGAGCCCUUCGUUUCUUCCGAACAUCCCAGGGAGCCCCACAGGAUCCCCAUAUCCUGGGCCAUGAGUGAGUUGAAAGACUGCCCCUUGCAGUUCCAUGACUUCAAGUCUGUGGAUCACCUGAAGGUCUGUCCCCGCUACACGGCAGUGCUGGCGCGAUCCGAGGAUGAUGGCAUCGGCAUCGAGGAGCUGGACACCCUGCAGCUGGAGCUUGAGACCCUGCUGUCUUCUGCCAGCCGGCGCCUGCGUGUGCUUGAGGCCGAAACCCAGAUCCUCACCGACUGGCAGGAUAAAAAAGGUGACCGACGAUUCCUGAAGCUGGGUCGAGACCAUGAACUUGGAGCUCCCCCGAAACAUGGAAAGCCCAAGAAGCAGAAACUGGAAGGGAAGGCGGGACAUGGGCCGGGCCCUGGCCCAGGACGGCCCAAAUCCAAAAACCUUCAGCCCAAGAUCCAGGAAUAUGAAUUCACUGAUGACCCUAUCGACGUGCCACGGAUCCCCAAAAAUGAUGCCCCCAACAGGUUCUGGGCUUCAGUGGAGCCCUACUGUGCUGACAUCACCAGCGAGGAGGUCCGCACACUUGAGGAGCUACUGAAGCCCCCAGAAGAUGAGGCUGAGCAUUACAAGAUCCCACCCCUGGGGAAGCACUACUCCCAGCGUUGGGCCCAGGAGGACCUGCUGGAGGAGCAGAAGGAUGGGGCCCGGGCAGCAGCCGUGGCUGACAAGAAGAAAGGCCUCAUGGGGCCACUGACUGAACUGGACACUAAAGAUGUGGAUGCCCUGCUGAAGAAGUCUGAGGCCCAGCAUGAACAGCCGGAAGAUGGAUGCCCCUUUGGUGCCCUGACACAGCGCCUCCUGCAGGCCCUGGUGGAGGAAAAUAUUAUUUCCCCUAUGGAGGAUUCUCCUAUUCCUGACAUGUCUGGGAAAGAAUCAGGGGCUGACGGGGCAAGCACCUCCCCUCGCAAUCAGAAUAAGCCCUUCAGUGUGCCGCAUACUAAGUCCCUGGAGAGCCGCAUCAAGGAGGAGCUAAUUGCCCAGGGCCUUUUGGAGUCUGAGGACCGCCCAGCAGAGGACUCUGAGGAUGAGGUCCUUGCUGAGCUGCGCAAACGGCAGGCGGAGCUGAAGGCACUUAGUGCCCACAACCGCACCAAGAAGCACGACCUGCUGAGGCUGGCAAAGGAGGAGGUGAGCCGGCAGGAGCUGAGGCAGCGGGUGCGCAUGGCUGACAACGAGGUCAUGGACGCCUUUCGCAAGAUCAUGGCUGCCCGGCAGAAGAAGCGGACUCCCACCAAGAAAGAAAAGGACCAGGCCUGGAAGACUCUGAAGGAGCGCGAGAGCAUCCUGAAGCUGCUGGAUGGGUAGCCCUCACCCCUGCCUCAGGCUGAUUAUCUGGCCUCGGGGAGGGGAAGGGAGGCCCACUUCCUUCUUUGGGCACAGGAAGCAUUGGCCUGUGGCUGUCCCUCAAAUGGCGACAGUCUCUAGAGGACCGUGGCCCUUCCCCUGAGGUCUUUUGGCCUAGCUCUGUACAGCCAGGACACAGGAAGCCCUGCUGGGCUGGCCUGAGGCCUAGUCUCUGCUUGGUCCCCAAGAUGGGGUUGGAGGGGACUUCGUUUCCUGGUCUUCCUCUUCCCCCUUUACCAUCCCCCACUCCCUAACCCCCUGCCCCUGUUUCCCCUUCAAGGACUUCUCCCUUGUGGUUUUGUAAAGUGCAAACUUAAGAAUAAAGUGACUGCUGUGGUUUUUCAAAAAAA